AUGACUAAAUAUGAGAAUCUUGUGGCCAGCAAUGAAGCAUGCGAACAAAAGCUGAUUAAGGUCUUGCAACCAAAGAACCUGUUGCUUACCCAGGCACCAAUGGCUGUAUUUGAUGAGCCAACUAAAUCUGAACUCCAAGCUUUUGUUCAUGUCCGGUGCUUCCCUUCAGUCCAGAAAACAGCAGAUUGGCCAAGAGAAUUAGCUCAAGAUUGGCCUCCAAAGAAAGGCAAAUUCAGUGAUAUUUCUAAGGGAGAUACUACACACUGUCUUAUAAGGAUGGCCGAUGACUGUAAGGCUAAACCUAUACUGCUGCAAAAGCCAAAGCAAAUAGCUGCCAGCAAUUCCCAGCAGGAGCAGCUUUCCCAGAGACAUCUUGGAGCAACUAUUGUUCGAUCUUCACAAUCUAGAUUUGCUGCGAGUAGAUCUAUUCUUGCUUCUAGUUUGAUGCAAAUGGAAUCUUUUAGAAGUUUGGCCCAAAAUAUCUUUGGAUUGGAUGUUACCACGGAUCAUGCGAUGCAAGUUCAAGCAGAUCACCUCCAAGGAAUGCUAGCUACAAGAUUGGACUGGCUCGUAAAUGAAAGCCAAAGAGUGAAAGCUCAUAAUAAAUCUAACUGGUGCUGGAGCUUCCAAGCCAAAAGGCUAGGCUAUAUGUCUGCUCUUUUUACUAUGGCCGGCAUGGUAGUGAACGAUUUGCAUUGCUUUGGCGCGGCAGAUUGUUUGCUAGCGGAUCCUUCUCAAUUUGAACUUGUUACUUUGGGAAUUAGAAAAGAUGGUGCUUACUACUAUUGGGACAGCAAUCGCAGAGAAUGGGUUCGAGCUGGGAUGGUGGCUUCCGUAGAUGACAGAGAUAUGCAUAGCCGACAUUUGGAGCAUGAAAAAGGCUCCAAGCUCCAAGCACCAGAGCACUGGAAAUCCGAGUUCUAUACGAGCUACCCAUUCAAAGGAGACAAAGAUCCAUCAUCCUUUAGUUGUGGAAGGCGGGGCUUCUUUGAAAGUCUGCAACAAUAUGUUGGUUUGGGUGUGGCUUUGCCCCCUCAAAGUGACAGUUUCCAUACAAAUCUAGCAACCCAAACCCGAGUACUGGCCCAAAUGUUCAAUAUUACUUUCGCAGAAACUCAAAAUAUCAAGAAGAUGAACAAGAAGCUCACCCCAGUAGAGAACCAGCGCAGGGCCAUCCAUUACAUGCUCGAAUGUGCUUGUGGGUUGUUGCUUUCGCCCAGCUCGAACAUCUCAAGCAACCCAGGCUGGGAGCAAGCUUUAAAGCAAUACAAUUAG